AUGUCUACUUAUCCUGCCUCUAACAUUAUUGUACUUAAUCAAAAUUGUAUUCAAUAUACUUAUACGAUUAUUAAAGAAGGAUAUUAUCCUCAAAAUGAUAUACUUUGUUACACUUCUGCUCGUUCAUGUAAUAACACACAGUUUAAGAUUCCAGAUUACUAUUUAAUACAAACAAGUUGGUGCAGAGGUUCUUCUAAACAUAUAAUACAAUGUGGAAUUAUUUAUAUAGAGAAAAUACCAGUUUUUAAAAUUUCAUUUGGAGAAAAUUUUCAAGCAAGUGUAGAAUCCAUACACUCAGCAACAAAGGCAGCAAAUUUUUAUUUACAAAUAAAGAAACCCAAUACUCAAGCUCGUCUUUCUGGGGUACAUCAACUCUAUGAAAAUAAAAGAGUAUAUGUGUUUAAUGAACAAUUGGCAGUUAACUUCACAAAUACAGCAGCUAAAUAUUUUCAUUCUGAUGAUUGUCCAACACUUCAAAAAAUUUGCUUUACUGUUCAAGACAAAAACUUUCAAGCUAGUUUUGGAAAUCAAAAUAAAGAAAAAGAAAAUCAAUGA